CGUGGUGAUGGUGAGAGCGCUCGUAGCAGCGGUCCCUGAACCUGCGGAGAACGCUGUGUGGACUGCCUUUUGUGCCUAAACUCCAGCGGGAUACUGUCCGUGGACGCGCCGGUCAUGGUGACCCAGGAUGAGACCCAGGAUGAGACCCUAGAUGAGAGCUGGUGCCCCCUGCCCCCUUCCUUCUUCAGGAUCAUAGGUCACAGAGAGAGUCUGGUCCAGACAGGCCUACAAGUGCUGCUGCUACUGUGUCUGCUGCUGCCUGUUGCCUCCCACAGUUUGCCCAGCUUCAUCCAGGCUCCCGAGGACCAGACGGGGGUCUCUGGGGGAGUUGCAUCAUUUGUGUGUCAGGCUUCGGGCGAGCCUAAACCACGCAUCACCUGGAUGAAGAAGGGCAAAAAAGUGAGCUCGCAGCGCUUUGAGGUGAUAGACUUUGAUGACGGCUUAGGAUCUGUUCUGCGGAUCCAGCCUCUGCGCUCGCACCGUGACGAAGCAGUGUAUGAAUGCACUGCCACUAACAGUGUGGGUGGGGUCAAUGCCAGCGCCAAGCUCACCGUGAUGGAAGAGGAUCAGAUCCCUCAUGGGUUUCCCACCAUCGAUAUGGGCCCCCAGCUGAAGGUGGUGGAACGCACACGCACGGCCACACUUUUGUGUGCUGCCAGCGGGGCCCCGGACCCCGACAUCCACUGGUACAAAGAUUUUCUCCCUGUGGACAUCAGCAACAGCAAUGGGAGAGUCAAGCAGCUACGCUCAGGUGGUACACCAAUCCGAGGAGCUCUUCAGAUUGAGAACAGUGAGGAGUCUGAUCAGGGCAAGUACGAGUGUGUAGCCACCAACGGCGCUGGGACCCGCUACUCUGCCCCGGCCAAUCUGUAUGUACGGGAUCAGCGGGAAGUUCGCAGAGUGCCACCAAGGUUCUCCAUUCCGCCUUCCCACCAUGAGGUGAUGCCUGGGGGCAGUUUGAACCUCACUUGUGUGGCCGUGGGGGCACCUAUGCCUUUUGUCAAGUGGGUGAGUGAGGAAGCGGAGCUCAACCGUCAGAACCAGACACCCAUUGGCCGCAACGUCCUGGAGCUCACAGACAUCCAGCAGUCAGCCAACUACACCUGCGUUGCUACAUCCUCCCUGGGCACCAUCCACACCACCAUCCAAGUUUUGGUCAAAGCCCUGCCCCAGUCUCCUACAGGCCUCACUGUUACAGAGACCACAGCCACCAGUGUGACCCUGACCUGGGACUCUGGGAACCCAGAGCCCAUCCUCUAUUAUGUGAUCCAGUACCAGGCCCACGGCUUAGGGGACUUCCAGGAGGUGGAGGGAGUGGCCAGCACCAGAUACAGCAUUGGGGGGCUCAGCCCUUUCUCAGAAUAUUACCUCCGGGUUUUGGCUGUCAACAGUGUGGGCCGGGGGCCUCCAGGGGCAACAGUCAGCACACGCACCAGUGAGCAAGCACCCUCCUCACCCCCUCUGCGAGUCCAAGCCCGUAUGCUCAGCUCCAGUACCAUGUUAGUGCAGUGGGAGCCUCCAGAGGAGCCCAACGGCCACAUCCAGGGCUACAGAGUGCUGUUCAGCCCAGAGGAGGAUGCUCCGCUUAGGGCCUGGCGGUCUGUCAGCACAAACAGACAGCUGCAGAUGACACUGUCAGAACUGACCCCAGAGCUCACCUACAGUCUCAGGGUCCUGGCCUUCACCACUGUAGGAGAUGGGCCCCUGUCAGACACCCUGCGGAUCAAAGCCCAACAAGGAGUUCCUGCUCCACCGGUGGACUUCCAAGGUGAGGCAGAGCUGGAUUCACAGAUCAUGCUGUCCUGGAUGUGGCCCAUCCAAGAUUCAGUCAUCAACUAUGAACUGCAGUACUGGGAGGCUACUACUCCUUCACGGAAGCGACGGGUCGUGUUGGAGCCAGUUGGGAGUUAUGCAGUGCAGGGCCUGAAGCCUGACAGUGUGUACUGCUUCUCUCUGGCAGCACGCUCACACAUGGGCCUGGGACUGUUUACACUGCCCAUAGAGGUCCGGACUGCCGCUCCAGUGAUGCUUGGAGCCCCUCCAAGAAAAUUAGAGGUUCAUCCUCUGAAUUCGACAUCCCUCAGAGUGAGCUGGAAGCCCCCUAUACAUCUGACACAACAUGGGCCCAUCAGAGGCUAUCAGCUGAUGUACACACAGCUUGAUCACGAAGAGCAGCCUAUUGGACAAGCCAUGGUCCUGAAUCUGUCUGAGCCAGAAGCACAGGAAGCCAUAAUUACAGGACUACAGGCAGAGAGUACAUACUCUGUGACUGUGGCAGCGUAUACGACUGAGGGGCAAGGAGCUCCCAGCAAGACCUGCCUGGCCACCACCACAGGAGCAGUGCCUGGCUCCCCCAUCAUGAUGAUUAGCACUACUAUCAGCAACACUGCACUGAUCCAGUGGCAGCAGCCAAAAAAGAUGGUGGGGGAGCACAUGGGUUAUCGGCUGCAAUACAAAAAUCAAGAGGAGGAUGCCUUCACUGUGAGAGACUUUAGACCAACGGAAGACCACUUCACUAUCACAGGCCUCCAUAAGGGGGCCACCUACAUCUUCAAACUCUGUACCAAGAACCAAGCUGGCUGUGGGGAGGAGUAUGUGAAGGAGAUCAGUCUCCCGGAGGAUGUCCCAGGCAGUUACCCUCAAAACUUCACAGUUGUGGGACUGUCCUCCACCAGCACAGAGCUGUCAUGGGACCCACCUCCCCCAGCCCAGAGGAAUGGGAGGAUAGUCCAGUACAUGGUGGUCUACCGUGACAUCAAUAGCCAGAGCAACAGCAGCCUUAGAAUCAGCUCCACCCGCGUCAGUCUGGAGGGUCUGCAACCUGAUACCAUGUACGACAUUCGGGUUCAGGCCUUCACCAGCAGAGGAGGGGGUCCUCUGAGCCCCAGCAUCCAGAGCCGCACUUUAGCCACCUUCAUGCCAGCAGUUAUUAAGAACUUUGCAGCAAGGAGAGCGACCACAAGUUCUGUGCUUCUCACUUGGGAAAUACCAGACACCUACAAAUCCCAAGAGCCUCUGAAGAUUCAAUACGGCGCACAGAGUGUGGAGGUGCCGGUGCAGUACCAGAAGGUAUUCAUUGGGGGCCUCCAGGCAGAUACGGAGUACUCCUUUGUGCUCAGCAGCCUGGAGCUUCAGCUGCAGGUGUCUGUCCGCACGGCAGCCUUCCUACUUUCCACAGCUCCAGUCCUACAGUCCCAGGGUCCUGAGAAGAGGGGCACACUGGCCCUCAGUCUGCCCACCACACCCCCACCUGGAACUGUGAGAUGGUUCUACAUUGUGGUAGUACCUGUCCCAGAAGCCCAUGUGGACCAGUGGACAAGCCCUGAUAUUGUGGAUCUGGAAGAGCUCCUGGACCAGAACUGGGACCAGAGUCAAGACCAGAGCCUGGAGCAGAGCAGGGAGCAGAACCAGGAGCAGUCUGGAGCGUAUGUGGCAGCCCGCCUAGAUGCUUUGCCUCCAAUCUUCACUCUGGGGGACAAGCAUGUCUACAGCAGCUUCUACAAUCGUCCCCUUAGAGCACAGCAGCAGUACCGGUGCUUUGUGCUGGCGGAGCUGGAACAGUCUCAGACCCUAUCGGCCAGCCCCUUCUCUGAGCUGCUCAUCCAAGAGGACAGCCAGGGGGAAGAUAUCCCGGGUCAGGUGGCCCUCUCUCCAGACGAGGCCCACAUGUUGUGGGUCAUGGGGCCAGUGUUUUCAGUCAUCCUCAUCAUUCUCACAGUCAUCGCCAUCUUAGUCUUCAAAAGUCGGCAGGAGAGGAAGCGGACAUGUCCCUCACCGAAAGAGGAGCCCCUUGGCCGACUCAACAAGUCUGUGCAGGCUUCCUAUUCUGACCCCGUGGAGAUGAGGAGAGUGCACCACCCCACACCAGGCAGGCCCGCACACCAGGCACCCACCUUUCAUGCCCCCUUAAGGAUACUAGAGCACCCUCCAAUUCCUCUGAGUGACCUGGCAGAACAUAUAAAACGGCUCAAGGCCAAUGACAACCUCCUGUUCUGUCAGGAGUAUGAGUCUAUUGACCCGGGUCAGCAUUUCACCUGGCAGCACUCCAGCAUGGACGUCAACAAGCCCAAGAACCGCUAUGCCAACGUGAUUGCCUACGACCACACCAGAGUGGUCCUCAGCAGUGUGGACGGGGUCCUGGGCAGUGACUACAUCAAUGCUAACUACAUAGAUGGCUACAGGAAGCAGAAGGCAUACAUCGCCACACAAGGGCCACUGCCGGAGACGCUGGGGGAAUUCUGGAGGAUGGUGUGGGAACAGAACGUCUGUACCAUCGUUAUGAUGACGCGCCUAGAAGAGAACUCUCGAAUCCGGUGUGAGCAGUACUGGCCGAGCCGUGGCACACACACCUACGGCAUCAUUCGAGUGAGCACCGUGGACACAAUGGAACUGGCCAGUUACACUCUGCGCAACUUUAUCCUCCACAAGAAUGGCUGCAGUAUGAAAAGAGAGGUACGACAGUUCCAGUUUGUGGCCUGGCCCAACCAUGGGGUGCCCCAGUAUCCCACUCAAAUGCUGGGCUUCCUGCGCAGGGUGCGAGCAUGGAUGCCUCCAGACGGUGGGCCUAUAGUGGUGCACUGCAGUGCUGGAGUGGGCCGAACCGGGUGCUUCAUUACUAUGGAUGCCAUGUUGGAGAGGAUGAAGCACCAACAGUCUGUGGACAUGUAUGGUCAUGUAACAUGUAUGCGCGCUCAGAGAAACUACAUGGUCCAGACAGAAGAGCAGUAUGUUUUUAUUCAUGACGCUGUGCUGGAGGCUGUCAUCUGUGGCCACACAGAGGUGCCGGCACACUGCCUCCACACACACGUGCACCAGCUAAGUCAGCCAGCACCUGGUCACACCUGCAGCAUCAUGCAGCUGGAGUUCAAGAAGCUGUACAGCUGUACAGUAGACCCCUCCACAUGUAUUAGUGCCAGUUUGCUGUGCAACAAAUCCAAAAAACAUCUGCUAACCAUCCUGCCAUUUGAGGUCAGCCGCAUGAGUCUGCAGCCUCUCAGAGGAGUGCAGAGCUCGGACGACAUCAAUGCCAGCUUCAUCGAUGGAUACAGACAGCAGAGGGCAUACAUCACUACACUGGGCCCUCUGGCUGACACCACAGAGGACUUCUGGAGGAUGCUCUGGGAACACAACUCCACCAUUGUGGUCAUGCUCACCAGACUGAGCGAGACAGGACAGGAGAAGUGUCACCAGUAUUGGCCCACCAAAACAUCUGCCUGCUCCCACUACUUUGUGUUGGAGCCGAUAGCUGAGUACAACAUGCCUCAGUACAUCCUGCGGGAGUUCAAGGUCAUGGACUUCCGGAAUGGUGAGUCAAGAACCAUCAGGCAGUUCCACUUCACAGACUGGCCAGAACAAGGAGUCCCCAAAACAGCCGAACACUUCAUUGAUUUCAUUGGGCAAGUUCACAAGACGAAGGAGCAGUUUGGCCAAGACGGACCUAUCACUGUACAUUGCAGUACUGGGGUUGGACGCACCGGUGUAUUCGUGGCUCUGAGCAUAGUCCUGGAGCGACUGAGGUACGAGGCCAUAGUGGACAUGUUCCAGACCGUUAAGCUACUUCGUACCCAGAGGCCAGCCAUGGUGCAGACUGAGGUAUGA